AUACUAAAUAUAUAUAUGUGUGUGAAACUCCUUCUUAGAGACAUGAUUCACAGCCCUUAUUCCCCAAUCCACAAAAAUUUGUACUUGUGAAGUAAUUAUCGCGCCAAGAGUUUGUAAUAGUCACAAUUUUUAGCACUUAAAAACUGAGAACUAUAGUUUAAAUCCUUCUACCUAACCACCUAAGCCUUACAUCUCUUAGUUGGAUCAAGAUUUUUAGAAUUCUUUAAAGUACUCUAACACGUAGAAUUCAUUUAAUCUAAACUAUUUAAUUUUUGGAUCCGGCUUCUAUCUAGUGGCUAGUGCCACUAGACAUGUUGAAUUGCGGACAUGUGUCUAAGACUAGUCACAUGUCCGUACCCUAAGUUCCUGACGGGUCCAGUGGCCAUUGCCAUUGGACAUUUUAGUAGUUGAUAGGAACUACACAGACUGAUAGGCACAAAGAGCCAUAUAUGUCAAUUUCUUUCUCAAUUGUUGAGCUUAUAACCGGGUCUGGGCCAUUCAUUAAAUAUCUAUCACUUUGCAAGCCAUUCUCCCCUGGUUUUCUACCUAAAUUGCAAUUGCUUCCCUUUGGCUUUUUUAUUCCCUUCUUCUAGCAACAAGAGACCAUGGCUGUCUUCCUGGGACAAGCACUUGCCACUUCAAUUAUUCAGGUGGCACUUGAUAGACUGGCUUCUCAUGAGGUCAUAGACUACUUCAAGGGAAGGAAACUCAAUCAGAAAUUGCUACAAAACUUGGAGUUUGUGCUGUUAUCUGCUAACUCAGUGCUCAUUGAUGCAGAGGAGAAGCAAUUUACAAACUCAGCUAUGAAAAAAUGGCUGGACGAGCUUAAAGAUGCUGUUUAUGUUGCAGAUGACCUUCUUGAUGAGAUUGCCACAGAAGCUAAAUUUCAAACUCGCACUAAUAAGGUAUGGCGCUCCGUUUCUACUUUAUUUGACAAAAAGAUACAGUCAAAGCUAGAAAACGUUCUAGGUAUAUUACAAAUACUCAUAGAACAAAAGAAGGUCCAUAAUCUGAAAGUGGUUUUCGGUGGAUUACCACUACCACUACGACAAUUAACAACUUCUUGUCCUGAAGAAUAUGGUGUGUAUGGUAGAGAUAUUGAUAAGGAGGAGAUAUUUAAGAAGUUGCAAUUAGAUAAUGCAAGUGGUGAUGAGAUAUGUGUUGUUCCUAUAGUGGGCAUGGGUGGGGUUGGUAAAACAACCCUUGCUCGGCUUGUAUAUAAUGACAACCGAGUAAAGGAGAAUUUUGAUCUCAAAGCAUGGGUUUGUGUUUCAGACACAUUUGAUGGUUUUAGAAUAGCAAAAACUAUUCUUGAAGAGGUCACUUUGUCUAACUGUGACAUUUCUAGCUUGAAUUUAUUACAAAUUAGAAUACGAGAGAACUUAAAGGGAAAGAAGUUUCUCCUUGUUUUAGAUGAUGUUUGGAAUGAGGAAUAUAUUGCUUGGGAUGAUUUAGUUAAAAUGUUUAGAUGUGGGGCACAAGAGAUCAAAAUCAUUAUCACAACAAGAAGUGAAAAAGUUGCUUCAAUUGUGCACCCAAUUUCAAUUCAUCAUCUAAUGCAAUUGUCUGAAGAAGAUUGUUGGUUGUUAUUUGCAAAGCAUGCAUUUAAGAAUGGAGAAUCGAGUGAAAAUUCAGAUAUAGAACUAAUUGGUAGAAAAAUUGUUUGUAAGUGUAAAGGUUUGCCUUUAGCUGCAAAAACACUUGGGGGUAUGUUGCAGUCUAAACAAGACCUAAGAGGGUGGAAUCAAAUUUUGGAGAGUGAUAUAUGGGAUCUACCAGGAGGUGAAAGUUCUAUCCUUCCAGCUCUAAGAUUGAGCUACAACUAUCUCCCAUCGCAUUUGAAACGAUGCUUUACUUAUUGCUCAAUCUUUCCAAAGGAUUAUGAAUUUUCAAAGGAGGAGUUAGUCUUGUUGUGGAUGGCAGAAAAUUUAUUGUUGAAACCCGAGGGAAAUGAAAGCAUGGAAGAAAUAGGUGAACAAUACUUUGAUGAGCUAAUAUCGAGGUCAUUUUUUCAACGAUCAAAUAAUGAUGAACUAUGUUUCAUAAUGCACGACCUUUUUAAUGACUUGGCAAAAUUUAUAUCUAGAGAAUUUUGUUUUAGGAUGGAUAUUGAUAAUUCGUGUGAAAUUACAAAAAAAAUGCGCCAUUUGUCAUAUUUUUGA